CUCUUUAGUCUUUGGUUGGAUUAGUUAUUGGAUCACGGCUAAAGGAAUGCUGACAGAAAUUAAAAUUUUUAAUUUAUCUCCUAGUGCUAAGUAUUUUGAGUGAUUAUUACUUGCCUACCUACUAUAACGAAUAAUUCUUCAUUAAAAUACCAGUGCAUAAAAUAUAGGUUUUCAGUUCUAGAACUUAUUUAUCUAUGUGAACUUAUUGACGACAAUUUGAAGUUUCUAUUUUCAUCUGUUCUGAAAUAUGUAUUGAUUUGUUUUGCGAUGAGAUGACAAAAUCAUGUCAAGUGAGUUUAACUGAAUUUAUAAUCUACAAGUAAAAGAUUGAGUAAACAAUAGGAUAUAUUUUCCAAUCUUAAAGCGGUAUGAAUAAUAAAGACGACGAAGAUUGUUCUGAAUCGUGGGAUUGUAUCGCCGUCGCCCUACCUAGUCCCAGAGAAAAAUAUAAUUUUACAGUAUCUACAGCAAGCUCAAGUAAUAUGAGGGAAAAGAAACCAUCCACUUCAUCUGCGACAUUAACAAACACCGACACAGUACGGCCGCUUGCAAAUACGGAGGCAGCGCGACCUAAGGUUGUAACUGUCAAACAUCCCGAGUCUAAUAAGCCGAAACCAACAGCCAAGAAAAAUAAACCAAUACAAGCUGAUUUGGAUGUCAUAAAAGAGUUCAUGAGAUGCCGGGAGGAAGGUGAUAAGCGACUAGACCUCAGUAAAUGUUCCAUAACAUCUUUACCGCCAAAUGUCAGGGAUCUAACACAUUUAGUGGAAUUCUAUUUGUAUGGUAAUAAGUUGGUGGCUCUUCCUGUAGAGUUUGGUUGUUUGACUAACUUACAGACAUUAGCAUUGAAUGAGAAUUCUAUAAUGAGCUUACCUGACUCACUAGCCAACCUAAAAUGCCUCAAGGUCUUAGAUUUACGACACAAUAAAUUAAGUGACAUCCCUGAAGUAGUUUAUAAAUUAACUUCUUUGACUACACUUUUUUUACGCUUUAAUAGAAUCAGGGUAGUAGGAGAUGGCAUUGCUAAUCUCACUAAUCUUACAAUGCUAAGUUUGAGGGAAAACAAAAUAAAAGAAUUAUCUUCAGGUAUUGGGAAAUUGAUCAAUUUGGUAACAUUUGAUGUUUCACACAAUCAUCUAGAACAUUUACCCCAGGAAAUAGGUAAUUGUGUUAAUUUAUCAACAUUGGAUUUGCAACAUAAUGAUUUAUUGGAUAUACCUGAAUCUAUUGGAAAUCUUCAAGCAUUGACACGUAUUGGUUUAAGAUACAAUAGAUUAACAGCAAUACCUUCUACAUUGAGUAAUUGUAAACACAUGGAUGAAUUCAAUGUUGAAGGUAAUUCUAUAUCUCAACUUCCCGAUGGCCUGCUUGCCAGUUUAAAUGAAUUGACAAGUAUAACCUUAUCCCGUAACUCAUUUAUGAGUUAUCCUUCUGGAGGACCUGCACAGUUUACAAAUGCUUAUUCUAUAAAUCUGGAGCAUAAUCAAAUAGACAAGAUUCCCUAUGCCAUAUUUUCAAGAGCAAAAAAUCUUACUAAAUUAAAUAUGAAAGAGAAUUUAUUAGCAUCUCUUCCACUUGAUAUUGGCACUUGGACAAAUAUGGUAGAGCUCAAUUUGGGCACUAAUCAUUUGACCAAGUUACCAGAUGACAUCCAAUGCUUGCAGAACUUAGAGGUAUUGAUAUUAUCAAAUAACUUGUUAAAGCGUAUUCCCCCUAGUAUUGGUAGUUUGAAAAAAUUGAGAGUAUUAGAUGUAGAAGAAAAUAAAUUGGAAGUUUUACCAAAUGAAAUAGGAUUUUUACAUGACUUGCAGAAAUUAAUUGUGCAAUCUAAUCAGUUGACGUCUUUGCCGCGAUCUAUUGGGCAUUUAACUAAUCUCACAUUCCUAAGUGUUGGUGAAAAUAAUUUGCAGUAUCUUCCAGAAGAAAUAGGUACUCUUGAAAAUCUUGAAUCCUUAUAUUUAAAUGACAAUCCUAAUUUGUUUAAUCUUCCCUUUGAGUUGGCUCUUUGUGUUAGCUUGCAGAUAAUGAGCAUUGAAAAUUGUCCCCUGACUGCUAUUCCUCCUGAAGUGGUUUCCUCGGGCCCUUCAUUGGUAAUUCAAUAUUUAAAGUCUCAGGGACCAUAUAGAGCCAUGUGAUAUCAGGAUGAUGACUAUUCAACAGGUGGUGAUGGCACUUAACAUGUUAAAAAGUGCUGGCUUACCAACUAAAAAAAUGUAUACUCACAAAUUCUCUGUCAUAAAAAUAAUUAAGCAACUAAAAUUUGUGUGUAGUUAUGGUUGAAUACAUAACUUUUCUAAUGGCUUUCUAACUUUAGAAGUAUUCCAUUAUUGUGUCAAGUUGUAUUAUUUUUUUCAAAUAUAUCCCUGUUUAACUGUGUAUAUGAGUUUAGUAGUAAUUUGUAUCAUUGUAAGCUACUAAAUGUUUCUUUAUUUUAUUAAUGUUAAGGAAUUAUUUUAUUUAUUAAAUGUGCAUAAAAAAUAGAAAAACACAAAAAUACAUCCAUUAGUAGUAGUAGUAGAUAGAAUUUAUGGAAAAUGCUGUAUAUAUGUAUGUAUGCACACAUUUAUUAGAGAUGUGUUUGUGACUUAGUACUCAUUUUCAAAUUGAUUUGACUAAAUACAUGAUUCUAUAUAUUUACUAUUAAUAUUUUAAUGUUGUAACUACAAAACUAUUGGCAUUUGAUGAUUAGAUACCAAUAUUUUAUCUAUAAUGUGAGGUUCCUUAUGGGGCAGGCAUAGUAUUUAUUUUUUAUGCUUAAAAGCUGAACUUAUAUUUUAUGACAAUGAUAUUGAUAACAGCACAUCUCUAGUUAUAUGUUAUUAUUGUUACUAAUAUGUAUUUAACAUUUUAUAAUUUUUAUACAUUUUGAGACUUAUUAUUGGCAUAAAUGGUGGCACACCACAUUUACUUUUUAUAUAUUUCUGUAAUUGUAAGAUAUGGCAAUUAUUUUGCACAAAUAUUAAUCAAGUAUUGAAUAUAAAAAGUAGGUACAGUUAGCAUCAAUUAAUUUAUGUGAAUUGCUCUAAUAUAAUCAUGAGCCAUUAUAUACAUUGCUUAUAUAUGAAAUUGUAAUCCCCAGCAAAAAGAACCAGUCUGAAAUAUACUAAACCUACUAUUAAUGUAUGUACUUCAUAUGUCAAUUUUCGGACCUAAAUUAAGCUUAAUGGAGCCUAAUUUGCUCCUAUUUGUAACAACUAUGAGGCAGGUAGUUCAGUAGUGAAUGACACAGUUUUUAUAUAAAUUGAGAUACUUGUAUUUUCAUCACUGUCUAUGAUACCUAGAUAUGUUUGAUAACUUUGAUUGUAUCCCCUUGUGUGUUAUGCUGAUUGUAUUGAUUAGGUAUUCUGAUUGUACCUACUUUAAAAUUGUAUUUCAGCAUUUUUUUUUCGGUUUGAGUGCCAUUAUUUAACUAUUUUGCAAAAGCAAAUGCAUAUUUUUAAUUACUUAUGGUAAAUCAUAAAUAUAAGCACUUUUCAAAAAUAUUUUUUAUAUUGAUUGUGACAGUACCUAAUGAUUUGUGUUAAGUUAAAAGUAUAUUAUCGUUAAUACCGUAGUGUAGUUUUGUUGGUAAUAUGUAACCACAGUAUUGUAUAUGUGUAAUUGAGUGUUGUUUCCAGGAUUUGAUCCUUAAUUAUAAAUACAAGUUUUUUAAGUGGAUCUCAUCAUUCAUCAAAAUAAUAUAUCAUAGAUGAUAUUCAGUAUUUUAAACUUUACCUGUUGCAUUUUCGUUACAAUUAUAUAUAAUGUACCACUAAUAUUCAAUAAAAUUGUUACAUAUAUUUUUUUGGGUAAAUUUAUACUAGAAAAAGUCUACCUUCAUGCCAAGUCUCUCAUGGGUUAUAAUUAGAGAGAACAGUAUGUCAAGGCCUCAUUCUGUAAUCACAACCUUUCUGGGAAUUUUAAUUUAAUAUUAGUCAUACUAUCCUGAUAAUAAUUUCUAAAGUUGACAGUUGCUAAAUAAAUUGUUUGUACCUACAUAAAUACUCAGAUAAAAUUUAUAGUUGUUGAUAAUUUGUCCCCAAUAGGAAUUUUCUUAAUAACUAUAGUUUUAUAUACACAUAUAUUUGUUGCACAAUUUUAUCUGUUGAUUUCCUUUGAAUUGGUUCUGUUAUGAUAGUUUAAAUAGGUAUACAAUUUUGCAACCUAAUGCCUUGGAAAAGUUGUGGAAGUAUCAAGUAUUUUUAUUUUAUGAUAAUGCUGAACUUAACUGCCAAGUUGAUAAACGUAGCACAAUUCUGAUAUGCUCAAUUCAGAUAUCUUAAAGCGAUCCAGCCACUAGAAAAUGCUAAUGUUCAUGUUUUGUAAUUUAUAUUCAAAUAAAUGCUCUCCGAAAGGAUAAUUUGAACCCAAUCUUUAUUUAAAGGUAAUGUAAUAAGCAUAAAAUAUAUAUUUAUAUUAAGUGUAGCUGAGAAUGUCGAUUACUGCUUAUUUAUUAAUUAAUCUAUAAUUACAAGUAAUUGUUUAGAUUAGUUUUCCUACUGUGUUGCAUUUAUUUUAAAUAUAAUUUUUAUUGUACUAUUUUCACAAUUAAGGAUCAUUGAUGAAUAUUUUUAAUUUUUGUAUUAUAAAUAAUUGAUACUUGUUUAGUGGGUUCAAUACCAUGAGAUUCUAGUCUCAUGCAUAUGAAGCUUUAAAGUCUUGAUGAACAUCUGUUCACUGUCUUUUUUUAUAUAAUCUUGCUAGAAAAUGAAAGUAUAAUAAUGGGGGUUAGAAAAUGUGUGAUUAGUGGAAUAGACUCAGACUGGCUUCACCUGGGGUCCUUUUUAAAUUUAAAAGUAUAUUUGCAGACAUGAAAUAUAUUCUGUUUAAACGUCUUGCCCGCAAUCUUCACAGGUAUUCACUAUAAUCUCAUAUAAAUUGGUAUCAUCAAAAAAAUAAAGAACAAUUAAUUUACAUGUUUUUAUAUUUCAGAUUUACUUAUAUUAAUAAGCAAAAAAUAUAUUUCUAGUCAUUAUUACCAUGGCUUGUAAAAAAUAUAUCAGGUGUCUACAUUCAGAAUUUUGUUAUACUUAUUAAACAAUAUUGUAGACUAGUUAGGGAUGCAGUCAAGAGAUUACAUGGCUUAUAUCACAAUGAAGACAAUUAGCCCAGGUAUAUAUAUACUGUCGAUUUAUUU